UGUGUCGGCUUCACUUACGUGUACUAAUCUUGCGAGAUUGACGCUUCCAGUCAACAUCGAUGUGAAAAGAGAAGUCCAUUUUAGAAGUGGGGAUUUACGUUAUUUAGGAAAAAUGCUUUGGUUUGAGGGCACAAUUCCUGCUGCCAUUGUCUCAGCCAAAGAGCAGAAAGCCAUCUUCGUCGUCGUUAUUACAGGAGACGACGAGCAGUCCGAACAAUUGAUGUCGAGUUGGGAAGAUGACAGAGUGGCCGAGACCGCGGGCCGCUGUUGUGUGGCCAUAAAAAUAGACACCAAGAGUGAAACGUGUGUGCAGUUUUCUCAGAUUUAUCCUGUGGUCUGCGUCCCAUCCAGUUUCUUCAUAGGUGAAAACGGGAUCCCCCUUGAGGUGAUCGCUGGCAGUGUGUCUGCAGAGGAACUGGUGAAGCGGAUCAUCAAAGCCAAACAGAUGCAUGCCCAGCAGAUGGGGGUACCAGAUGGGGGUUUGGGCGUGGCAGGGACAGAGGCGCAGAUAGGCGCAUCCUCCACACCCCCCAGCACCCCAGAGCCGGCCAUGCCGCAGGUCUGUCUUCCUCCGAACGGCCAGCCUGGCCUCACACUGCCACCUAGUACUGCAUCAUCAGCCGCUCCCAAAGAAUCCCUGUCCACAUCUGUGGAGGAAGGUGGAGCCUCAGGUCAUGUGACUCCAGGUGAAGACAGGAGUGUGUCGUCGGAUGACGUGUCCCUGACCUCCCAGACGGACGAGAGUCUUGAUGCCAAGGUGGAGAGGCUGACAAAGAAACUUGAACAGCGACAGGAACAAAAGAAAAGAGAAGAGGAAGAGAGUGGAGUAAGGAAAGAGGUGGAGCGCAGGAAGCUGGGGAAAGAGAUGCUGCACUACAAGAGGAAGCAGGAGGAGGAGAGGACCAAGCACAUGCUGGAGGAGAGGAACCGGGAGAAGGCGGAAGAGAAGGCGGCCAGGGAGCGUGUCAGACAGCAGAUCGCCAUGGACCGGGCAGACAGGGCAUCCCGGUAUGGCAGGAGCCAGGAGGAGGUGGAAGCGGCCAAGGCGGCGGCGCUGGAGUCCCAGCGGGCGGAGCAGGCGGCCAGGAAGGACACGUCGCCGAGAGAGAGGAGUGCGAUAGCGAGAAUACAGUUCCGUCUCCCCGAUGGCUCCUCCUUCACCAACCAGUUCCCAUCAGAGGCGAAACUCCAGGAGGCCUGGCAGUUUGCAGCUCAGGAAGUAGGAAACAGGUAUGGCCACUUUGCUCUGGCGACCAUGUUCCCCAGGAGGGAGUUCACAGGGGAGGACCUAGAGAGGACCCUGCUGGAGCUGGAGCUGGUUCCCAGUGCUUCCAUUGUACUGCUGCCUCAGACAGGACGGCCCUCCAACGCUGUGGUGCAGUCUUCGGGAGGAGGGGGCAUCUGGGCAUUGCUGGGGUCUCUCUUUUGCCCACUACUGGCUGUGUGGAGGUUCAUCAGCAGCUUCCUUUUUGGCAGUCCUCCACCUGUUGGCACCUCUCCCGCAGUUCCACCCCAGCGCUCUGGUCCUACCUCUUCCUCAUCCAGCGAACCAAAGAGAGAAUCUCUUCGUAAACGACUUCCAGAAAAGCGACCUGAGGACUUUAAGAGAGAUGGCAAAAUCUGCAGGCUGCGGACACAGGAAGACAGUGAGGAUGACAACAACACUUGGAACGGCAACUCCACCCAGCAGAUGUAACUCGCUGACGUAGACUAAAGUGCAAUAACGUUUGUUUUUCUUCCUCUUACUUGGUUUGAGUAAUAUCAAGCCUGCUAACGUUUUACUGAUUUUUGUGCCCCUACCCUCCACCCCUGCAUGGGUAAAUAUAAUCAACUCGCUUCUGAUCAUUUGAUAUUCAUUGACCUUCUGUGUUGAAAACUGGCAGAUAUUGGAACACUGGUUUAUUGCAUAUCAGGAGACAUGAUCAAAGUGCUUAACCAUGUGACAUGUAGCAUGAGCAAUUAUGAGAAUUGUGGGCAUGUUACUGUUCCCUUUGCAUAUAAUUCACAAGCAUCUAUAAUCCAGACCCAAUUCCUGCA